CUUAAGUAUUGCAAAAUGUCCGGUUAUUUGGACGUUAAGUAUCCUUUUAGAUCAAAUCUGGGCUUGAAUCCUUUUAAGUCUUGGAAGAGGCAGUGGUGUAUCCUGAGGCCUAGUGCAACUAGUUCGGGGGGCUCGUUGGCGGUGUACUGUAACGAGGCUGGAGCGGCCGUGGGCUGUGUGGAAUUACCAUCUGGCUGCGUGGUCCGAAGGGCGAAGUCCCGCUCACGCCCUCACGCUUUCGCCGUGUUCUCUGCCAGGGAACCUAAUAAACCUAUCGUUUUACUUGCCGCCUCCAAUAUUGAAGAUGCUCAAACAUGGAUGGAUAAGAUUAAAAAUUUAUUAAACGAUACGAGAUUAUUAACAUCAAACACACCACUAAAAGAUUCAUACUCAGUAACGGUGGUUGCAACUGACUUAUCACGGAAAUGCGGUCUCCAAGAUUCUGACAGCACGGUCACAUUGUCGGCUCAUGGUAUGCUGAUAACGAGGACCAAUAGUAUUGGUACAUUUGUUGAAUGGAAACACAUGCAAGAAGUCCUGUUGUGCAGUGAAAAUGGACAGAAGAGCGAAUGUCUGGUAUCUGUGAAUAGUAAGUUUCACCACGGCGGCGGCGAUUUGAAGUUCGCGUCACCCCUAGCGUGCGAGCUGGUGUCCGCGUUACGCGCAGCCCUACACCGCAAGGCGCGGCUCAGCGCCAAGCUCAGCAAGAGCGAGGGCGAUCUGAGGACGGCCAAGUGCAGCGACAGUGACCUGGGGGAGAUCCGUCGCAGCAGCUGGUACAGCGGUCCCUCGGAGGUGUCCUUAGAUGACAUGGAUCUGAUCAUGUCCAAGGACUACAAGUGUAUCCCGUCCGGUCAGCUGUCCCGCUGCAGCGCCGCCGGACACCUGGCGCAGCACGCGCCCCUGGACCACAGCGCGUGCGACCGCCGCUCCGUCGCGUCGGUGUCGUCCGGCGUGUACGAGGAGAUACCGGAGCCGCCCGCGCUCUACUGCGCCAUGGGUAGGGGACCGCGGGCCGCACCGCCCCUCGACAUGAAGAAGCUGAGCGUGGAUGAGCCCACGUACGAGAGUAUAGCCGAGUGCGGGUACGCGACCCUGCGCCGCGCCCGCGGACACCCGCCCCCCCUGCCCCCCAGGUGCUUGAAGACCGGCGAGCCUUGGAGCGCGCGCCCCCAGCUGGUGUCCCGACACUCCUCGCUGAGCGCGCUGCCGGGCGCCCCGCCGCACACCCUCACGCACACCCUCACCCUGCCGCGCCGGGACAAGCACAAGCAGCCCUUCAGCGUCUUCAGAAAACGACUAAAAAGCGACUCGCGCGUCGCGGGUUCGCCUAAAUCCGAAACUCCCAAAGACAACAAGGACAUCCAGCCCAAAAAGAAACGUUUCGACUUCGCCCCCACCCGGGACAUACUCAAGAGCUUCAAGGUGAGCCGCAAGGUCAAGAGCCAGAAGGCGGCGCCCGGCCUCGGCCACGUCGAGACCAAAAGCUGCGAGUUCUUGGACGAGACCGAGCACGUGGCCACCAGCCGCUGCUCCAAGUCGGUCGAGUGUCUGGAGGGCAACGACGAAUACCUGGACGACUUCGAGGCGGACCUCUCGAUACAGUUCAACGAGAAAGCAAUAGAGGCGCUGUCGCUGCCGCAGGAGAUCGUGGACUUGCUGCUCAGCAUCAAGGAGUGCGAGGUGAGACUCAGGGACGAUGAGAGCGAGUACGUCCCCAUGACCCCCGCGGCGCCGCCCCCCGCCAUGGAACAUCACUACAUAGUGAUGUCGCCGAAGUCGAACCUCGCUUAAGGCCAGCCGCCGCGAAUCGACAACCGUUCUAUCGAUAAAGGGCGGUCUAACCAUUAAAAACACAACGCUCUCACGUGAUUCGACGUUAAUUGUUGAAUUUAACUAACAGAAUACUCUCAUUCGAAUCUUUAUCGAUUAAGUUUUCUUGUAUUAAUAAUUUAAGGCGUCUAAAUAUCGAUAGUUUAUUGCAAAACGCUCUCUUCGGACUCGAUAAGUUUUUUUAUCGAUAGUAUUAUUGUUUCAAACUGAAAUAUCAGUAUUUAAAUUGGCUUAUAGAUCUCAAAACAUAAUAAUAAGACUCGUUAUGUAUUAUAUAAGUAAAAUAGCAUAACUUAAACAUUGAUCCUAAAUAUCGAUUGGAUUUUAUAUCAUUGUAAUGUGUGAUCACUUUGAAAAUGUGAGAAUGAAACGUAUCGUCUUCGGCAUAAAGAUGUUUUUUGUUUAAUACUCGGUGAAUGAUACAAUUAAUUUACUACGGCCUAACAUAUCUUAAAAUUUUAAACUGAUAAUUAUUAUUGAACAAUUAUUUUUGAUAAUUAGUGAACAUGUGUAAAAUUAGUAUCAUUAUAUUAGAAUAAUAUUUACCAAAAAAAAUAAUUACAACCGACGUAUUUACAAUAUUUUUUACAGUACAUUUUUUUUUAAGUAUGUUAUCCGAGUGAGGUUUUUAGUGUUUGGCCAUUGUCUUACUGGUGGUAGGACCUCUUGUGAGUCCGCGCGGGUAGGU